AUGGUACUGAUCGACAAACAUGAGUAUCUCACCGAGGAGGAGAAGCGUCUAAAGGAGGAUCGCGAACGCACUCGCUACUGGAAGCGAUGGGGUCCUUAUGUGGCCGAACGACAAUGGGCGACCGUCCGUGAAGAUUAUUCUGCAGAUGGAGAUGCGUGGAGUUACUUCACGCAUGAUCAUGCACGGUCGCGGACCUUUCGCUGGGGUGAAGAUGGAAUUGCUGGUGUCUCUGAUACCCAUGGAGUUCAAAAUAUUGCAUUCUCUUUUUGGAAUUCGAAAGAUGACUUCCUCAAGGAACGCCUGUUCGGACUUUCCAACCCACAGGGAAACCAUGGUGAGAGUGUGAAGGAGGCUCAUUUCCAUGUUGAUAAUACUCCUACACAUUCGUACAUGAAGUUUCUCUACAAAUACCCCCAGAACAAAUUCCCUUACGAGGAGCUGGUCGAGGAGAACGCUAAGCGAUCGCGCCUAGAGCGCGAGUUCCAAAUUCUUGACACUGAUGCAUUCAAGGACAACCGGUACUGGGAUAUUUUCAUUGAAACUGCCAAGGAAGGGGACGAUGAGGAGGAGCUCCUCUUCCGAGUCAUCGCAUACAACCGUGGCCCAGAGCCUGCCCCUCUGCACAUCAUUCCCCAGGUCUGGUUUCGAAACACCUGGUCGUGGGGUUAUGAGAAAGAGAGUGCUAAGCCCAUCAUCAAGGAAGAUGGCCAGCGGGUUGCCAAAUCUGAGCAUCGCAAGCUGGGAGACCGUUAUGCUUGCUUCGCGCCAUCCCCCCCGGUUGGAUCCAGCGACGAAGAUAUUCAACCCGAGUUGCUGUUCACAGAGAAUGAAACAAAUAACGAGAAGCUUUGGAGCACCAAGAAUGACCAACCCUACGUGAAGGACGCCUUCCAUCGCUAUAUUGUCGACGACGAGAAGGAUGCCAUCAACCCGGCCAAGGAGGGAACGAAGGUUGCAGCGUGGUAUGCCUUUGAUGAUGAGGACAUGGUCCCCCCAGGAGAGUGUGCUGUGGUUCGAUUCCGUUUCUCUCAAAAGAAGGCAGAGUUUGUGGAUGAAGAGGAACUUGAUAAUGUUAUUGAGGCACGUCGUGCUGAGGCCGAUGAUUUCUACAAUCACAUCAGCCCACUUCCCAUGAGCGAGGAUCUACGCAACAUCCAGAGACAGGCUUUCUCAGGAAUGAUGUGGUGCAAACAGUACUACAACUUCAUUUGGGACCAAUGGAGCAAUGGUGACCCGGGAGUGAUCCCCCCACCUGGUGAGCGAAAGGGUAUUCGCAAUGAACAGUGGCGUCAUUUGUACAUUGAUGAUAUUUUGUCGAUGCCAGAUUCUUGGGAAUACCCGUUUUUCGCAGCAUGGGACACUGCCUUUCACUGUAUUCCUCUGGCAAUGAUUGAUCCCGAUUUCGCAAAGAAGCAGCUUGAUCUCAUGACUCGGGAAUGGUAUAUGCAUCCAAAUGGCCAGCUUCCUGCAUAUGAGUGGAACUUCGGCGACGUCAACCCCCCAGUCCAUGCGUGGGCUGUAUUCCGCACUUUCAAGAUCGAGCGGAAGAUGUACGGAAGACAAGACUUGGAUUUCCUUGAGCGUGUAUUCCAGAAGCUGCUGCUGAACUUCACCUGGUGGGUCAACCGCAAGGACUUUGAUGGAAAGAACGUUUUCGAAGGUGGUUUCUUGGGACUGGAUAACAUUGGACUUUUCAAUCGGUCCGAGCCUCUUCCCACAGGCGGUGUUCUUGAGCAAGCUGACAGCACUGGCUGGAUGGCUUUCUACUGCCUGUGCAUGCUCAACAUUGCUUUGGAGCUAGCCAAGCAUCGCCGUACAUACGAAGAUAUUGCAUCCAAGUUCUUCGAACACUUCAUUCUCAUCAGCGAUGCGAUGACAUUCCGAUCCGGCGAGGACAAGAUCCAGUCUCUUUGGAACGAAGAAGACAACUUCUACUAUGACGCCAUUUCAUAUGGUGGACCAUGGACCCAGCAGCUGCCCAUUCGCUCGCUGGUCGGGUUGAUCCCGCUGUACGGUGUACUUACACUCGAGCCCGAACUUAUUAACAAGUUCCCUUCAUUCAAACGUCGAUUGGAGUGGUUUGUCGAGAACAAGGCUGAUGUGGCUGAGCGUAAUAUCGCCAGCAUUAAGCGUCGUGGAAAGGACGACCGACUGCUUCUCUCACUUGUCAGCAAAGAUCGCUUGGAGAAGAUUCUAAAGCGAAUGCUCGAUGAAACCGAGUUCCUAGCCAAACAUGGUAUUCGUUCCAUGUCGAAAUUCCACGAAGAGAAUCCCUACUCGAUGGAUGUCAAUGGCCAGACUUUCAAGGUUCAAUAUGUGCCCGGUGAUUCAGACAGUGCCUUGUUCGGAGGAAACAGUAACUGGCGAGGCCCCAUCUGGCUCUGUGUCAACUUCCUUCUUGUUGAAUCUCUGCUUCGCUUUUACAUGUUCUACGGCGACUCUCUCCAAAUCGAAUGCCCUACUGGAUCAGGCGAUUACAUGCAUCUUGGCCAUGUGGCCGAAGAGCUUCAACACCGUAUGCAGCAUCUUUUUGCUCGAAAUGAUGAAGGUCGUCGUGCUUGCAAUGGCAAGAGUGACCUCCUCGAUUUCGAUGAGCACUGGAAGGACUACAUGUGGUUCAACGAGUUCUUCGAUGGUGACGACGGUCGUGGCCUGGGUACAUCCCACCAAUGUGGCUGGACCGGGUUGAUUGCCAAAAUCAUACAUGACACAGGUGUUACCUGCCGUCUCCCCCAAACCCCCCGUACCCCCUUCGCAGCUGCCUCUCACUACUUCGACGAUGUCUUCUCCCGCUCUGGUCGUGGUCGUGGCAUAAAUUCCAGAAGACCCUCUGUCCGUCGCUCCUCCACAACACGAUCCAUUGGAAACCGAAGCGACUUUAACUCGACAAUUGCAGGCGAUUCCACCCCAGCUGCCUCUACCGUGCUAGAUGACGACGAGGUUAACAGCCCAAUCAGCCGUCGCGGAAGCACAGCUGCUCUCUCCACAAAUGGCGAUGCCGAACACGAGGAGCACGUCAACAACUACGUGGAAAGCCAGCUGCAGCGUGUCCGCAGCUCUGCAUCGAUUGCUACCUACGAAGACGAGUUUGAGACACAGGCUGAGAAGGAGAAUGACCACUAG